AUGGCCAAGUCAAAGAAUCACUCAACCCAUCACAAAAACAGAAAGGACCACAGAAACGGUAUUAAAAAAGCCGUCGUCCACAAAAAGACCUCCUCAAAAGGUGUUGAAUUAGGUUUCGCCAGAAAUCAAAGAUACGCUCGUAUUGGUACUGAAAUCAAAAGAUACGUUCGUGGUGAUAUGCAAGAGGUCAAAGCCCACAAAAACCCAAGACAACCAUUAAAGACCAUCGUCGCUGCUGCUAAAGCCAAAUUAGCUGCCAAAAAAGCUGCUGCCAAAAAAUAA